AUGGAUGCUCUUGUCGAACAAAAUUCCAUAGAUGACGCAGCUGAACCCGCUCGAACUCCCGAUGCCUCAGAUGUUUCCGAGGGGGAAGAUUUAACUGACGAGGUAGUAGAUAAUACAACACCGCUAAGUCAUGGUGGUCGACAAACAGGACCAAAAGGAGUAAUAGCAGAUCACGCCUUCCAUGAACAAAUGGCCAGGGAACGUAAAACAGCAUUUAUAAAAUCAUACAAUGAACGUAUGCUUUCAAAAGCAAUAACAACUACGACUUUCCGGGAAGACCAAGAAAGAAACAAGCAAGAGGAAGCAUUACUGCAAGAGCUAGAGAAUAUCAGUUCCGACGAAGACGACGAAGACGAGCAAGAAGUAAUUCGUAGAUAUCGAGAACAACGAAUAAAAGAAAUGAAAAACCACGAAUACUACAAAUCGAGACCAAAGUUUGGAUUUUUGAAAGAGGUUUCGGCCGGUCAAUAUGUUAGCGCUAUUGACAAUGAGGCAGCGAAUGUAUCUAUCGUGUUACAUUUAUACGAAAAUUCUAUUAUAGAGUGUAUACGAUUAAACGAAUGUCUAGUACAUCUAGCACGGAAAUACGCAUGCGUGAAAUUUCUUCGCGUUCUAGCGCACGAAUUAGAUUUUGAUCCAGCUGGAUUACCUGCUAUCUUAGCCUACAAGAAUGGUAAUUUGAUUGCUAAUCUCGUAAAAAUAACGGAAGAAUUUGAUAAGCCAGAUUUUGAUUCGAACAUCGUGGAACAAGUUUUGUUAAGAAAUGAGGUAUUCACAGCUGCAGAUAUUUCACCAGACUUUUCUUCAACAAACAAUUGA